AUGUCGAAGGCAUCAAAUCAACUGGAAAUUAUUGAUCAGCUUCGAGGCGAUAUUUUAAGAAUAAUGUGGAAAUUUUUAAUCAAACAGUUAAAUGAGGAAACAAUUUGGUUCACGUGUUCUUCAAACAACAAAUUGAAUCGUGUCAGAUGUAUGGAAAAGAGUAAUCAAAAUAUGCUCUCAUCAAUUUUCUCAACAAUCUGGAUUGAAUAUUUACGCUAA